AAAUCGUUCAGACGACUUAAUCCGGACCUAAUUCACUUGGUCUAUUGGCCGCCGACCUUGUCUGGUUGGUCGGGAUCUUAGUACGGCGAAUUUAAUUCCACCGAACAAACCGGAGGGUUAGGUUUCUCAAUCUUUAGUCAGUAAGACGGAAUGAGUUAGAGAGGGAGAGAUAUAGGCGAUUAUAACUCUCCCUGUUAUUUUGAACAUGGUUUCUCGUAGAGGUUCUUCCGACACAAAGGCGAUUGUGUGUAUCUUCACAGAUAGAAUUAGGAUCUCCAACAACUGGGUUUCGCAUUUGUCUUUCGCUGGUCUACUUGGUGCUGCUGGUUUUGUAUUUGCCCAACAACACGGUCUAUUCCGCAACUUAAACAACCUCAAUCUCUUCUCCGGUAAAGAAAAAGACGCCGGAGACGAUUCUUUUCUCGUACCGGGCCUUCAAAAUCUCGGGAAUAACUGUUUCCUCAACGUCAUCCUCCAGGCUCUCGCUAGCUGCAAAGAUUUUCGGAGUUUUCUUCAAUGGGUUUUAGAGGAUGCGAGAGAUUCCGUAGCAGGAGAACUAGAGGAACAGCUUCCUCUUACUUAUGCUUUGUCUGCUUUACUACAAGAGCUCUGCACAGUUGGAAGUAGACGAUCUGUGUCUAGCCCUCGUAAAGUUAUGGUGGCAUUGACAGAUUAUGCCACAAAUUUCAAUUUGACAAGCCAACAGGAUGCAGCAGAAGCCCUUCUUCAUCUUAUUUCUUCUUUGCAAGAAGAGAUUGUAGUUUGUUAUCGUCCUAGCCAAAGUAGUAAUCUUUCGGAUAUACUUUUCUCUCGCAACUUGAGAAUGCUUGCACCUAGUGAAGGCCUCCAUGGUUUGAUGGAGCUCAAGAGAUGGCAUAAACAUUUGCGUGGACCAUUUGAUGGGAUUCUCGGUAGUACGUUGAUGUGCCGAACUUGUUCUUCUCAGAUUUCGUUGGAGUUUCAGUUUUUUCAUACUCUGCCUCUUUCUCCUUUACUCCAUAACGGUGGUUACAACAUUAUGUUUGGAUGCACUUUGGAGAAUUGCUUGAACAAGUUUCUCGAUGCUGAGAAAGUCGAAAACUACUUCUGCUAUAGAUGCUGGCAUGGUGCUGCACUGAAAUAUUUAUCUGUGAUAGGAGCAGCUGAGAUAGAUAUCGAAAAGGUCAGGAGCUGUGGCGGAGAGGACCAAUGUGACUGUAAAACUUCUCAUCAUCUUCAAAGAAUGCCUUGGUCAAACAGCUAUUCCCAUAUAUUGAAACAGUUAAUCAUCGCCCGUUUCCCAAAGCUCCUAUGCAUUCAAGUGCAACGCGCUUCAUUUAACAUGUUUGAAGAAUUCAAACUAUCGGGACAUAUCGCAUUUCCGCUUGUCUUAGACCUCUCCUUGUUCACACCAACUUCAAUAGGCUUAAACAUAGAAGAAAGGAUUGAGAUGUCGGCAGAGGACCAAAAGCCAGAAGCAUCAAGAAAGCACGGCAUGUACAGGCUUGUGACGGUGGUGGAACAUUUUGGUAGAACCGGAAGCGGGCAUUACACUGUUUAUAGAAGUGUGAGAGUGUCAUCACAAGAGGAAGAAGAAGAUUGUGAGGAAUUGAGCUGGUUUAGUAUAUCUGAUUCAGAAGUUUGCAGAGUUUCAGAGAGUGAUGUUCUUGGUGCUGAAGCUAGCUUGCUCUUCUACGAAAGGCUUUGAUUAUUCAUUGGAUUGAUCAAUUAUUCAUUGGGUUGAUGUUCUUGGUCCUUAACAAAUUGUAAAACUAGUU